AUCCGAGCCCGGCUUGAAUGAUUUUAGGCCUAUGCCAAGAAACCUUUUCGUCGGAGGAGCAAAACAAGAUCACCUAAGUGAAAUAGAUGAUGAUGAAAGAACACCAACUGGGUCAACAGAACCUGCUUGGACAACCGAGCUCGAAGAAAGAACCAGAGUUCUCGAAAUGGCAAUGGGUAAAAUUCUUGCCCCCCUGAUCCCCAAUGGUCCCUUGAUUCCUUUGUUGAACAGGGAUGUGCAGCCAGCUACGGUUGUUGCCACUCGAAACUCCCCUGCUCUGAGCAAUAUAGUGGUGCUGACUAAACCAAGGGGAAGUGGGAGGUUGAACAAUGAGCCUAGCUCGUCCAAACACAGUGAAGAACUCAUGAGAAAGAAUGCAGACCUUGAGAGGCAGCCACGGGACGUACAUAAAUCCAUCGACAAGUUGAAAAGUCCCAGGUCGCAUCAACAAACUCUUGAUUUGGAUAGUGCCCCACUGAACCUAUCUAUCACAGCAGAACCAUAUCAAGAGGGAUUCAAAAUUCCCCACCUAGAGACGUAUGAUGGCUCGGGUGAUCCAGAUGAACACCUACACACCUAUCAGGCCAUCAUGAGAAUCCAAAAUGCCAACGAUGCCAUGAUGUGCAAACGAUUCAACAAAGCUACUUUAGACAUUGAUAAUGUCCCUGAUACCAUCUGCUUGUCUGCCUUGCUGCAUGGUCUGAAACGGGGCCGAUUCCUAGACGACCUGCUAAAGAACCCACCAAAGACGUGGAAUGAAGUCAAUGACAGGUUAGCUAGUUUCAUACCAUCAGAAGACUUCCACUCGUCAAAGCGACGAGCUGAUGACAAACAGAGCAAAGGCAACGAACAGCUACCAAGAAGGGAAGAAAAGAAAAAGCAGAAAGUUAAUGAGCAACCCCUACCCACAUUGCAUGAUUCCCCAAGAGCAGACAAGAGCAAGCACUGUGACUACCAUCGUGUAUACGGUCACAACACAAAAGAUUGCCAACACUUAAAGGACGAGCUGGAGUUCUUAGCUCGCAAUGGGAAAUUAGAGGGAUAUGUCCAGAAGCCUCAUGCCCAGCAGCCAGCUCAAACUCACUUCGUGCAGGGGUAUAACCGACCUCAGGGGCAGAGGCGAGGCCAAGGGCAGAGAAUUGUCACCCAGAGCCAGAAAGACAGGAAAGGGGUGAUGACCCUUGACAAGAACAGACCUUUAAAGCGGCCAUUUGAGGAGGUGGAAUGGGAGAACACGCCCAUCACAUUCAGCCUGACAGAUUAUAAACGAGCAGAUGGAGAGCCCGACGUUAUGAUGCCUCAUGCAGACCCUUUCGUGGCAACGGUCCAUAUAGGCAAUCAUAACGUCAACAACAUCUUCAUUGACACUGGCAGCUCGCCAGAUAUCCUUUAUUGGAGCUGCUUUCAGAAGAUGCAGCUGAAUCUGAGCUCACUACAAAAGUAUGAAGGGCCCAUCUAUGGGUUCAAUAAUCAACCCAUCCCAGUAGAAGGAGUUAUUACCCUUCCCAUCUAUGUGGGCUUGGAACCACGGUUCAGGAUGGCUUCUGUUACCUUCCUGGUCGUCAAGAUAGAGUCAACUUUCAACGCUAUACUAGGAGGAGCCACUCUUUGUGAGUUGAAGGCUGUCAUCUCACAGUCCCAUCUCUGCAUGAAAUUCCCAACUCCUCAGGGGGUAGGGGUACUUAAGGGGAAUCAGAAGAUGGCCAAAGCCUGCUAUCAAGAUACGUUCAAGAAGGUUGAGCUCACUGCCACACCAACAGAUUCUGAAAUUCACAGGCCGACUCAGGUCGGUCAACAGACAAUGAGUAUAUUAGACAUUGAGCACCGACCUGAGGGUGUCGAGCAAAAGGCAGAGCCAGUGGAACCAGUAGAAACAGUGCCUCUAAACCCUGAUGUGCCAGAAAGGAUGGUAAAGAUCGGCACCAAGCUCACAAAAGAAGAACGGGUAGAGCUUCUGGAAUUUUUGAGGGUUAAUCAAGAUGUAUUUGCGUGGACUACGGAUGAAAUGCCUGGCAUCCAAGCGGAGUUGACAGUCCACAAGCUCAGCACGGACCCCACCAGAAAGCCGGUGGCAGGCUUCAUAAGGAGAGUGGAGUACUCUAAGUGGGUGUCCAACCCCGUGCUCGUCAAAAAACCAAAUGGCAAGUGGAGGAUGUGUAUUUAUUUCACCAACCUAAAUGAGGCGUGUCCAAAAGACCCUCAUCCAUUGCCAAAUGUUGAGAAGCUAGUAGAGCGGGCAGCCGAGCACGAACGGAUGAGUUUCCUCGAUGCCAACUCAGGUUAUCAUCAGGUUCAGUUGCUAUUGGACGACCAGGAAAAAACAGCUUUCUACACUGGUGACGCAAUCUAUUGCUAUGUGAUGAUGCCGUUUGGCCUGAAAAAUGCUGGCGCUACAUAUCAGAAAUUGGUGCAAAUCAUUUUUAAGCUCCAAAUCGGUAGAAACAUAGAAGUGUAUGUGGAUGACAUAAUAGUCACCAGCGUGCGAGCUGGGGAUCAUAUAGACGACCUGAGUGAGACCUUUCAAAACUUGCACCGAGCCCAAAUAAAGCUGAACCCCUUGAAGUGUACAUUUGCUGUAGAGUCAGGAAAAUUCCUAGGGUAUGUGGUAUCCAAGAAAGGAAUUGAAGUAAAUCUAGAGAAGGUUCAGGCCGUUCAGCAGAUGGAACCGCCCAAGACUGUUAAAGAUGUGCAGCAUUUAACGGGCCGUGUCGCUGCGCUGCAUCAGUUUAUAGCCAGGUCGGCAGAAAGAUGCCUCCCGUUCUUCAAGGCCCUACGAGAGCCCAAGAACUUUCAAUGGACCGAUGAGUGUCAGUGGGCGUUUGACGAGCUCAAACAAUAUCUGGCGUCAGCACCCCUGCUAUCCAAGCUUGUCGAAGGAGAGAGUUUAUAUUUGUAUUUGGGGGUUACAGAAGAGGUGGUGAGCUCAGUCCUACUCAAGGAAGAGAAUAAGAAUCAGAAGCCUAUCUGCUACGUGAGCAAGGUUUUGCAAGGUGCCGAGCAGAACUACCCACUAGCAGAAAAGGCUGCUUUUGCUCUGGUAUACAUGGCUCAUAAAUUAAGAGCUUACUUUCAAUCACAUCAGAUUGUCAUUUAUACUGAUCUACCGUUGAGAAAGAUACUGCAGAAGCCGGAACUCUCUAGUCGGCUCAUCGGGUGGAGUGUCAAGCUAAGCGAGUAUGACCUCAAAUUUCAACCACGCACAACCAUCAAGGGCCAGGCAAUGGCAGACUUCCUGGUCGAGUGUAUCUCAGCAACUAUGGAAGAAAAGGCACCUGAACACCCAGUCUGGGUUUUGUAUGUUGAUGGAGCUGCUAACAUGGAAGGAUCGGGUGCCGGGGCUAUGUUAAUGGGCCCAAAUGGCUUUAAAUCUGAGCACGCACUGAGGUUCAAGUUUCAGACAACCAACAAUGCUGCAGAAUAUGAAGCCCUCAUUUACGGAUUGAAGCUGGCGUCCGAGCUAAAGGUACAAAGCAUUCAGGUUUUCAGUGACUCUCAACUCGUUGUGGGUCAGGUGAAUGGCAGUUGUGAAAUGAGGGACCCCCAGCUCGGUCGUUAUGGCUAUGUGGUCAACAGGUUGAAGUCAAUAUUUGUUUCUUUCCAAAUCGAUAAAAUACUAGGAGCAGAUAACCACCGAGCUGACGAGCUGUCAAAGUUGGCCUCCUCACAGCACCUUAACCCUCAGAGAUUAACAAUUGUCGAAGUACUUGACACCCCAAGCUACACCGAUUCCACAAUUGAGUGUCAACUGCUAAGCACAGAUCCUUCUUCACCGAGCUGGACUACCCCGCUCAUUAAUUAUUUGCAAAGUGGCGAGCUGCUUAAAGAUCCGUCCACUGCAAAGCUGGUUAAACACAGGGCGGCUCACUUCACUUUGGUAGAUAACCAGCUCUACAAACGAGCAGCCUCAAUGCCCAUAUUACACUGUCUUACUCCUUAUGAAGUUAAAUACACCGUGAGGAAAGUUCAUGAAGGAGUAUGUGGCACGCACUUAGAUGGCAAGACGUUAGCUCGGAAACUCCUGAGGCACGGGUAUUACUGGCCUGUUAUGGUUGAGGACGCACAGAACUAUGUCAAAAAGUGCCUGACCUGCCAGUUCAACGCUGAUGACAUUCACAUGCCAGGAGAAAUGCUCUCAUCACUCUCAUCUCCCUGGCCUUUCGCUCAAUGGGGAGUCGACCUGCUCGGCCAUUUUGUGAAAGGCAAAGGAGGUUGCACUUACCUUGUUGUUGUGGUGGAUUACUUCACCAAGUGGAUAGAGGCUAAACCAUUGUCCACGACAACAGAAAAGAAAAUAGAAGAAUUCUUGUUCAAUUCAAUAUUGUGUAGGUAUUCUUUGUUCCGAGCCACGGCACUGAGGUUCUGCAACGACUAUGGCAUCGAGCUCGCCUUGACGUCUGUGUAUACUCCACAGUCAAACGGACAGGUAGGACUGCCAUCUCAUAGAUCAGAUCGCCAUAACGAUCUCAAUAAUGAGCAACGUUUAAGAGAGAACCUAGACCUAGUGGAGGAAGUCAGGGAAAUGUCUCAAAUAAAAAACAUGGCGCAUCAGAGUCGUGUUGCAAAAUUUUAUAAUAAAAGAGUUCGAGCUCGUCAGUUUCAGGUUGGCGAUUUGGUUUUACGAAAAGCUAGAUUAACCAGUGUUUAUUCGCACAUGAGCAAGCUCGCUCUUAAUUGGGAAGGACCGUAUAUGGUUAUUUCUAUUCAACGACCUGGGUCUUACCAGUUGGCAGAUUUAGAAGGCCGUUCAUUACCAUUCAUUUGGAACAUACACAACCUUAGAAAGUUUUACAGUUAGCAUUUUGAUGUUAUUAUCUUAACUCAGAUUAUCAUCAAUCAACUGUAAAAGGCAAUGUAUUGAAUAGUACACAGCAAUAUACACAGCAAUUUUGA